CUAGAAUGAGGAGAAGUCUCCUCUCAGCCAUGCGAAGAAGUUUCACGAUAUCUGCUCAUCGAGCAGAAUGCACCGCUUGCGGUCAAUCGUACGGGGACCCGCUACGGCUCACGACGUGCUUGCCUCGCCGGAGUUGACACACCACCGUCGUCGUUCCCUCCGUCUCCGCCAGCCAACGCUCUCUCGCUCCAACCGCCCUCAACGCAUCUGCCGUCGUCGUGCCGCCUGCCCUCCUGCUUCAACGUACUCUCUCGCCAACGCUGCCUGUCUGCUUGAGUCUCGGCCUGGUCGUCGUCAGAUAUAUUUCGUUGCCUUUGAAACAAUUUUUCUGUUUCAAGGAUGUCCAGUGACCAUGACAUCGAUCCUGGAGGGACCAUGGACGGGGAUGGGCUAUUUGUUGAACAGGUGGAUCCGUCCACAAGAGGACAUAACAACGUCUUUUGAAGACAUACAGUAUGGCGAUAUGCAGACAGUCAAUCAGCAAAUUCUUACUACUGGUGAUGAGAUAUACUUGAUGCCUGACGAAGAGCGAGAUUUCAAUGAGAUGACUGAGUCAGUAGAAAGUCUUCAAGUAGCUGCACAUGAAGUCGUAGUGGAUGAGAUGAUGCAACCUCAAGUUGAGCCCACCGAGUACAUCCAGAGCCUUCCCCGACAAGUGGUCAGGGGCAUGCCAACCUAUGUUAGGUCUCUUCCCCAACAUGCUGUCCGUCCGGAGCCUUCACAGAUUAUGCCCAUGGCCGGGAGCAGUAGAGUUCGUUACAUAGUACAACAGCAACCACAACCGUACGAAGUCCCGCAAAAUGCGCAUAUACAAUACGAGAUGAGGCCGAAGGCGAUGUUCGAAGGGACCUCCAGUCAACCAGUCAUCCCAGUACAACAAAGGCCACCGACCGUGACUAGAUCAAGAUCCAAGUCACAACCGCGACGGCCAAUCUAUGGUGAUCUGGAGGAUGACUCGCUUGCCUAUCUUGUGCAGGAGUACGAUGAAGGGGAAUGGGACGGAGUUGAACUGGAAGACCAUGAGUACUUCGUUGGUGAAAGAUCUGCGAUCAUGGCGGAUGAUGAUGAAGGUGGAGGCGCAGGUUUACCUGCACUCAAAAUGCAACAGAGACCGUACUUCCCGCCAAAUCUUUCCCCGACUGAGAAAAAGGAGUAUCUAUUAGUAAAUUAUAAGAAAGCUUGUGAACGGUAUUUUCCGUUUGCAAAUAUUGAAAUGCUCGAGGCCGACACGAUAUACAAGCCGGUUGAAGCUUUUGCUAGCGAUUUGUAUCGGUUUCACUCUCGCGGUGCUCACAUACACGGGUUUUUUCGUACUGUGAUUGAUACUAGGGAUCCUCCGAGUCAUGAUCAAACGAGGUACAUCCAGGACAUACAGUUUGGCAAAGUGUUUCCACUAUUUCCGGAUUAUGAGGAAUGGGAUGACAAGAUGCGAGAUGAAUUUCGUCAGCUCACUAGUCGUCUCUUGAGGUUGUUCGAAAGGAAAUACUUCUAUGCAAGCGCUGGAGGUGGAGUCGGUAAAGCACCUAUCGUGAAACGGGGGCCGAAACCCCAACCAAAGCCACCUCCGGAUUACGCAGAGCAACAAAAAGUCAGACCCAAGGGUAUCCCCAAAGGCUUCCAAGCAGUUAGGGCUUCUUCAAUACCGCAAAGGAUAGGGCAGCCGAAACCCAUGUCACAAGCAACUCUCAUAUCCCAUCCGGUAGCUGCUGCCACCAGGUUGACUCAGAUACCACAACAACCUCCUUUGACUGAGAUGGUACCAGUGCCCGAUGAGGUAGGAGCAGCACGGGUCCAAGCGUUUGAGCACAAUAAACGGGCGGAUAUAAAACGUCUGGUGAAUGAUGCUUUUGUGAAUCGGGAGCAGGAGGCUCCUUCCUAUGUGGAAUAUGAAGCAAGACCGUCAGAUCCGAGAACAUUCAUUUGCCGUGUGCCUCCUGGCCCAUCUAAGACCUUGAGGCAUCAACGUUCAACUGGAAGCAAGGCUAUGCGAAUGAUUCACAACAGAACAAUUGAGCCAAGCAUUGAUCCCGAGACUGGUCGUUAUGUGGUAAAUCUUGAUGAUAUUCGGGGCCAGCCAGCCAUUCCAGAUGCUGCGGAUGUAUCAAGAUAUGUUCACCGACCCGUCCAUUCUCUUCGUGAAAUGGCCGACUCAGCCAGAAGGGGAGCCGCUAAUUACGCUACUGCUCAAGCUAUUGUGCGACCUCAAGGAGCUCGAGUUUCUAGGAUAGACCAGGCUCCUCGAUUCAACUACAAUUCGGCUACCUCCAUGGCACAGCAGCAUCAUGUGUCGAGUAGCUCAAUGCCUGGGAGAGCACCUCUUCUCAGGACCGUGGCUGGCAUCACCGCCCCUCGCAUGUCUGAAUCAGUGACAGGAAACGUAGUAUCGUUGCAGAAUGGUGUCACUAGAAGCGAGCAUGUGUACCCAAGGAGUCAUUCUUCUGGGCGGACUGCUCAGCCAGCAGCUUCAGCUUAUAGGAGAAGUGCCUCUAGUGGCAGGCCGGUGGAGACUGUGCUGGACACGCAGCAUGAUGACAUCGAUGGGGAGCCUUAUAUCCAGGUUGAUGAUGACAGCAACGAUGCUCCCAUCUCAAUCGGUCAGAAUAACAUCGCAGAUGUUCAUAUCUCUCGGUCACGAGAUAAGAUGCUCGGCGUUUCUAAUCAGAACAGAAGCCAUGAAUCCGACCAAAACUCGGCUCCGUCCGCGUCUGAUGUUAAAAAUCAGAAGCGAACCGUCUUACUCAGAGAUGAAAAGGGAAGACUGCGGAGGGGUAUCAAACUUCCGGAUGGCACGAUUUUGUUGAGAGUGUUGGACGACAAGACCAGCAUGGAAGCAAGACCUAGGGAGCCUACGGCUGGUGGAGUGUACGCGAUGCAUUCGAUGAGCAGGAGUGACGAGAAAAAGCUUGUAAGACGAGGAGAUCAGUGGAAGAGGAUACAAGCACCUAUCAGUCCUUGGAGUAGACCCCAGGAAGAAGAAUUGAGGACAGACGUCCGCGAUUUAGAGUCGGCAUACGCUAAAGUCAGAAGCAGACGGAAAGAGCCAGUUCGGAGUGAAGAGGAUGAUGAUCUCGUUCUAGUCGCGGAGGGUCGGCAAAGUAGACUUACCAAGAAAAAUGACAACGUUUCAAAUAGGCGCGCGAGGCGAUCCAAAUCGGAGGCAGCAAGUGGGGGUGGCUCUGCACCAAGAUCCAGAUCCCAGAGACGACCAAGAUGUUUGGCUCGACAUUGUCCUGUCAGCGAGGUCGUACCUCAUCGCGUUCCGCUUUGGUCAGAAGAGAAGCUUCAGACCUUUCUUCGAAAUCGUCUACGCAAACAGGAGGAGGAGGAUGGAGAGAACAUAUAUGUUGAUGUGGUUUCGACUGAUGAUGCUAUAGAGGCCAGUAUACGCGAGCUGAUAGCAUCGGCUCCUCCACCUGCAACGAAUGGUUUCUUUGAUCAAGGCGAUGUGAACGAUUCUUCAAGGGAGAGAAAAAAAGCAGGUCGCCCACAUAAGAAGUUCAGAGGUCGACUUGCCAAGCAGAAACAAGCCAUCAGGGAUGCAGAGAUUGCUGAGAAAGUUGCCAUCAAACAUCGGGAAUUGCCUGUACUUGACUUGGCCCUCAAAGUUAUCGAUGACCCAACUGUGGAGGUACCAGUGGAAGUACCACCAAUACUCUUGGAUCCACAAAUAGCUAUAGACGCUAAUAUACUGCAUGAAGUCGGAGAGGUACUGAAGGAGAUUGUUGCUCAAAUUUCACUUGAAGAAUUGGAGCCGAAGAGAGAUAUAAAAUCACGAUCUAGACGGAGUUGGGAUUAUCUACCGGAAAGGGUCCGUUCUAAGCGUCAAGAAUACAGAAAUCUAAAUGUACCUGUCAAUGAAAGGAGCCCCCCACCGCCUCCACUUAGAAGUAAGCCAAGAGGGCGUAAUUCUGAGAAGUAUCGUAAAGCAAUAGCCGAGCGGCAGCAUAAUUAUGACCAUGACGGAUCGCCAAAUGUUGGGCUUGCUGCGAAUGUGGUGUCUAAGGUGCUAGGCUCUGUGGAGGAAACACGGAAACAGACCAGCGAAUCAGGUGUUUCGGCACCCCAAUUUGCCGCUAUGCUGGAGCAGUCUGAGCGCGAACCUCAAAAAGCGAGUUUGAUAAGUGCUGAGGAGCCGAUAAACGAUGAGGAUCUGGUGGAUGUGAAUGUGGACACAUUCUUCUCUGACGCUUUGACCACAUCGAACUCAGGCGAUGAAGAUGAGACUCAGUCGCAGAAACUGCAGAAGUGGCAGAAAUCUAUCAGCGAUGUCACAUUGACGACUCCAGGCGCAUCUCCAUCGAAAAGCAAACGGCUAGAACUGGAGAAGUCAGUGUGCGAAAGAGAGAUAGUGGUUUCCGAGUUGCCUAAGGCUUCGGAUUUGACACCUUCGCCAGCCGUCCUCGCUGUUGAAGCGCUUAUUACGCUGGUGGCUUCUGGAAGUACUUCAGCGGAGGAAAAGCCUCUGAAUGAUUUCAAAGAAGCUGAUGUGCUUUGCAGUGGGGGUCCUCUGAACGCCGAAGAGUCUGAAGACGUAUGCCAGAGGGUAGAGACAAUGUUAGAUGCACUGCAAGUCUCUUUUGAAACUACUGCAUCGGUGUCUUCUAAACUACAGAGCGGUACGAAUGCCUCCAGCAAUGAGUGCCUCCCUUACUUUGAGACUGAAUCAACUGCUCUUGUUUCAACAGCUGAAACCAACGCUUCGAUUUUGAGCGUACACCAUCAGGAGAUGGAAGACGUUGCUUUCAUAGUAGAAGAUUUCUUAGAAGCAGGCCACCAUGUUUCUGCAAAAGAAGAGUUUGUGGCAGAACCUGUCUUAUUUGAAGCAAUGAGGAAACCGCAGGAGUCAGCGUCAAGUCGAAUCUUCGCGAUUGCUGUUACUGAGAGCGACAGGUUUCACAUUGCCGAAGAUGUGCAUGCUGACAUCUCGCCUCGAGAUUUGAGCGAUGAUGGAGCAUCAGUCAAUCAUAUAUGCGACCUCAAAGUUACGGAAAAGGCAGACUUUUGGGCCCACUGGGAAGAAAAUCUUGUGGAGGGGUCAUUUGAGUUUCUCAAAACAGAUGAAGUUUUGAACAUCACCGGCAUAGUGCCUCUGGUCACUCAAGAGUUGGAGGUCUUGAAUGUUGUCGACGUAGAUUUUGCAUUGAAGGCUGUAGCAGCUGUGCGUAACCCCCUUGUCCAAGGCGAUGUAGUGACAGUACCGGAAUUUGUCUCCAUCCACGACGAUGUGGUUUUUUCCACCUCUGCCGUAGAUCAUGCCUACGAAAAACCGGUAGAGCACCAGUUCGCCUCUGUAUCCAUUCCCAUCGUUAAGGCAGAAGCUACGCUAAUUUCCAUAGUCGAUCUGGGUACAUUCUUCUGUUUGGAGGGACAAACUGAGGAGGCGUCGAAGACAUUUGCGACUUCCCGCGUUGGAGACGUUAUCGAGAAGUCUUUCCGUGGGACCGAAAUAGCCACGCACGGACCAUUCAGAGAAAAGGCUCUCACGCGGUCAAGAUAUCUAGAUUCCCGUUCCAAAGCAGAGGAAACUACGCUCACAGAUCUCAUGGACUUUUUGGUCAAGUCGGCUGAGUUGUUGAGUCAGUUACCUGCGGGGCCAGUUCUGCGAACUACAAAAUCGGAAGUGCAUCUGGGUAGCGGCGCACAUAGCGGUAAAACGUCGCUCCGACGAAAGUAUAUGGAUGAGGAUUCUAGCGCAGUUCACGAAGUCCCAGUCAAAAGGAGAAAAACAUCCAGCAUUGAUACCAUACAGUCAACAGACUAUCGAGUACCCGGUUCUGACUCGCAUAAAGAGGUGGAGUCGGUGGAUGUGGCGUCGAGCAGAGAUACGCCAAAGUCGAAGAGGAGAAGGAGUAGAAAGAAGCAUCAUGAAUCCACAGUUCAAGAGCGGAAGGUUGCUUACACUCAUCCACCGCAGUCGUGCAACAGAUUAGUAGCCGCAGAGGUGAAUGGCAUCUCAGAGUUCUUGGAAAGCGAUGACCGACUACAGACGGGUUACUCGUCCUUAUCGCACAUCGAGUCAUCGUUCAUCGAAUCCCCUGAUCUGUUUGGUAUUGGAGAACAUGUGAAACGACGGUCGAAAUCCAAGAAGGAGAGGCACGUUAGGGAAGAGGUGGUGACGCGUUCCAAGACCAAAGCGUUGGCUGCUGCACAUCCUCCGGAUAAACCCAGAAUUGUGCUUCGUAUAAGGAAAUCCAGUAGCGGAGUUGUGAUCCAAAGAGUUGAGCCUGAUUAUGGGUCCAAUGGUAGCAUGGGCUUCUUUGGUAAAAGGCUACUGAAUCUCGUCCGUCACUUGAGAGAGAGCCGGUUUGAAAAGUCUUUUGUGACUUGUAAUGAAUCUUGGCCUGGAAGUUCUCGCAUCAGCAGAUUUGCUUCAGACCACGAUUUGGUGGUUUCCACAGUGUCGCGGCAGCGGAAUCACUUGAUCUCUGAUUUCAAUCUCACUAUGGUUAAGUCUAAAAAUCCAAUCGUAAAAAUUGACAUCGAUACAUCUCCCUUGUUGAAUUCGCUGAGCCCCUUAUCCCCCAUUUGUUUGUCUCUUCCGCGUGCCGAAGGUAGCUUGGAGCAUGCGGUGGAGCAGUUCGAGAAGGGUAUUGGUUGUGUUUUGGAGCAAGUCGAUAAUGCCAGGACAAUCAUAGCGGGUCUUCGAGAUAAAAUGCACUGGUCGCUGCAUUUUCUCCUUGAUGCGCAGAUGUUUCUCCUGGAUCUCCUGUACGAAUUGUGGGGAUUCACUGCUCGCACCGUUCAAAUAGCUGUGUUCAGCGUGUAUCAGACAUGCCUAUGGGAGAAACAUAGUGAACUUUUUGACGCUCGUAUGUACUGCCUUCUUUUUGAAAUGAAUGCUUCUGCUGCGCUUUCUUGUAACAUCGAUACGUGUGCGUCGUAUCUACGAAGGUUCGAGGAGUGGUGCAGAAAUACUGGCAAUUGCACUUCCAUCUACACUCACGUUCACGGCUUAGCAUUGUCGCUCAUUAAACUGAUCAUGGUUCCUGACAUCCUGAAGCGUUUACAGCAGAAGACACUGUGGAAUUCGAAAGCUUUACCAUCGAAAAUAAACGAGGAAGUGUUUUCAGUGGAUCUAGCGCCAUUUUUUCAAGUCGGCGCAUGCCCUUUCAAGAGUGAAGAAUUUGAUCUGGAGAAGGUACUGAACGCUAGAAUGCCUCUCAUCAAAUCUCCACUCGAAGAUCUGAUUGGCUUUGGAGCAGCUCUAGACAACAAUCGGUCCGAUGCUUUCUCCUACCUCUUUCCAUCCCAUGCUGUUGUUGACCUCUGUCGAAAGCAGAUUUUUGACGAAAUUGAGACGUACUACCACAACAAUGCCUUGAAGUCGGUUCUUUCGCUCUCGAAUCGUCAUCUCUACAUUCUUUCACCCAUUGCCAGAGGUUACUUCGUAUCUCGUGUUACUGAAUCGCGAGCGCAGAGUCAUAUGCGAAAUCAUGUCAUGAACAUCGAGAAGCUCAUUGAGAGGUUGAACUCUGUCUACGCCGACCUUAAAACCAGUGUCGCAUUACACAAUCAAGCUGAGUUCAACUACCCUUGUGGACAGGUGGUAUUUGGUUUCGAGUGUGGAACUGUAAACGUCUGCAUCAAUAAGCCGAUCCCAGCAGAUGUUCCACAACUCAGCAAUGAAGCCAUGGAAGAAGCUCAGCGAAUCAUGGGCAGCGCUGUUGAGAACACGAUCUUCCAUCCGUCGACUGGGCAACAUGGUGACUUGAGCUUGAAGAGCCAUAGAAUGAAGAAGUCUGUAGAAGCAGUGAGGAAAUGGGUUGCGAGUAUUCAAGAAACCGCUGUGGACGAGAGGGAGUAUGCCGAACUGCAGACGUCUUUGCAUCAUGAGGGCGAAUGUAUGGACGUAGUGUACCCGAGCAGUCCAGCUAGAGUGCAGGUGAUCGACGAUGAGGACGACGACACCGAGUUCGGCUCCUGUGAAUUACCAUCGAAGAAAUGCUGCGAUGCGAACACUGUCACGACGGUCAUCGCGGGGAGGAAGAUACAGUAUACGGUGGAUUGCGAACAAGGGUACCUGAAAAUGAAAACUGUGGAUUCGACAGCUAACGAUGAGUCUACUGACGAUCUCACAGCUGCCAACACGUUCAGCACCGCAUCAUUCAACUCUCUUGAUCAGAUUGAGACCUUGAAAAUCAUAAGAUCCAAAGAUACGGGUGAGCUGGACUGGAUAGCAAUGAUCCAGAAUGCUUUGGAUGCUGCCCCGCUUCCAGAGACUUUGCCAAGAUUCAUGUUAAGGAAGGAGUCAAGCGAUUACAAAAUCCUGGAUGUGAUGAAAUGUCAUGAGUACGCUAACCACUUUGUUCAUGAAACUAAUGAAGAUGGAGAAUUUUUGGAUCAGCGUAAGGAAAUGCGGGAGAAGAUAAAACAAUUCCAGAAAAUUGAUUAUUAUGAAAGAAGAAGGAAUGCUAGGUUCGAAAAAAUAAAAAGUUCUACUCCACUCGAGAUGCCUCGACCUGACUUAAGUACACUCGAUCAGUUCCCAGCCUAUGGAAUCUGGAUACAUCAGAUUGUACUUUAUGCAGAAAUGGAGAAGAAGAGACUGAUGGGUUUGAAGCCCAUUGAUAAUGUUGGACGCUGCAGAGCUGCGCGUUCCGAAUUGAUUCGGGGAUUUGCAGUCGCCAGCAAGCAGAGGAAAAGAUCUGCUUCGGCAGUAUCAUGGCUAGGGCGAACAAUGCGUGAACAUUUUGGGGACUACAUCGAACUAGGCAUGUCGCGGCUUCAGUACGAGAGAGCGCAGUCUGGCAAGGAACGGGAUGAUGCUAGAGGUUUUGGCUCAGAUGAUGUUAUAACCGACUAUUUUGUGAGUAGAAAUAACACACCUACAACACUCAUGGAUCCUGCAGAGCUGAUUGAAAAUCCGUAUGCAUACUUCCGCCCGACAAAUCCUUCCAGAAAACGCCACCCGUCGCCCAUUCUCCUGGAGAGCUCGUUGGUGAAACGCUUCCCAGAAUGUCCUUUGCUUGCCCCCUUCGGAGUAGUGGAUGAUGAGCCUGAGACUCUCUACCCUCCAUACGAUCCUAAUGUCCUUACGAGUGAUGACGAUGAUGAUGACGACGACUGACGCAUAGUUGUCAUGGACGGAAAAUCGCAAGGGUGCCGAUGCAGCGGGACGGACUACCAAAGGCACGUGUGCAAUGCCUUUACGAAGAUGAAUUACGUCUUCGCGAAGAUAACUUAAGUCAUCAAGAAGAUUGAGUGAUUCAUGGAGAUUGAAGCAAGGAACAAUCCGGAAAACGACAUGCCGCUAAUCAAGGCAAUCGGCGAAAAGAUUCCCGUGCACUUUCAUAAAUAAGACGUUUGGCAUGUUGACAAUGAUUUCCAUUGAAUUUGCUGCUGUUUCGGUAAGAUUUCAGCUGCUGCUCCCUUAUUUUGUAAUCAAAGGAGAAAAAAAAUCCCCUCACAUGAAGGUUCGGGGAAAUUUGACUGUUUUAUGAUGUUGUGAUUCAUUGUCAGUCCUCAAUAUUUUUUUAGUUUCCUCUGUUCCAUUACAGGUUUCUUGUAUCCCAAUAUUUCAAUGAUCUUUUUUUGGCUGAAGUCGUAGAUGUGUAAUGAUUAUCAUUACGGGUGAGCGUUCUGCAUUUGCAGACGUAUCUGCCUGUUCUAAAUUAUGAACUUCUGCAAAGCAGUGUUCAGCUCAUUAGUGAUGAAAUCAUAGGUGUUCGUGGUCACACCACUUUGUAAGAGGGUUACUUCUUUCCCAUAGGAGGGGUGGAAAAGACAUUACCGCCAUUUUUAACGGUUCAUGUUUGCAGUUACACGUGUUUCACUCUCCGAUGUCUUGGGUAUCCAUGAAUCCGUCUUAUACUUAGGACCUAGGAUAUCUCAAAGUCAAUGUCAUGUGUGCAUAUCAUCGUGUCAUCGAAGUGUGGGACGUUCGCCAUGGACUCUCUAAUCGCGCUGAAAUGUGUGAUUCACCCUUUUUGCAUCAUAUCUAAGCAAGUAG